AUGAGUUGGUUGUCAUCGUGCUGUGGCUUCGGCCGCAAGAAGGGCGACGAUACGGAGCCGUUGCUGCCUCGAUAUGAAGACGACACGGCUAGGCAGCGGGCAUUGCACCAGAAGCUGCAUUCGUACCAGAUGAUCCGAGCUCUGACCAAAGGAUACAUGCCCUCAAACGAGCAAACCAUCUCGAACCUCAGAACUCUCCUUGCGAGCGAUAUCCUCAAUGCCAAUAACCCGGAGCUCAGCGAGUCCGGGCGCCUGCUCAUACGCAAUUGCCGAGGCUGGCUGAAGCUGUUCAUUGAACUGCUACGCAACAAGAACAGUGCAGACCAGAUCCAGGACUUCAUCUGGUAUCUCACAAAGUCCAGAGUCUCCUUAGACAUCAAUGAUAUCAGCCAUCAGGCAUCUAAGGUCAAGGCCAGAGCAGACGCUGCCGCUACCUACGAAAGCUUUCGCACAGUUGGCAGUCUCCUCCUGACGAACUCCGACUUCAGACUCUUCGUCAACGACGUUUCUACGAUAGGCAGACAAGUUCUGGCUGAUACUGCCUUCUCCGUUUCUGAUGCCGCCGAGAAGGCUGGCAAAGAGCUUGAGCUGUCUAGUGAAGAGCAGAAGAAGAUAGAAGGUCCUGGCGCAGACGAGGGAAGCCUGCCGAGCAAACAGGAUCUAGAGCAGAAUGCGAAAGAGACAACCAAUCUCCUUGGAGACCAGGCCGUCAAGGUCGCCAAAGAUACCGUCGCGAGCGCAAAGGAAAACUUCAGUGGGUCCCAGAAGGACACUUUGCUAUACCGACUCAAGCAGGCCGUGACACAUCUCAGGAAGAGGACCGACUACAACGACUCAGUCUCGACUAUCACUAAGCUCAUCCAGAGAUACGCAGCAGCCUAUUCCAGAAUUGGUGAUAAGGCGAUUGCAACGGCCCAGGAUGAUAUUCAUACAAACCCAGCUCUUGAUCGCGCUGUUCGAAACUUCUGGUCUCUCGUGAGCUCGUUCGGCGAUAAGCAAGGAUGGGAAAAGGUCGAGAAAGACUGGAAUCAGGUUCUCGAGCAUGCGAAGUCAGACCCACAGUUUGAAGACUUCAUGGUCGAAGUAGGCAAUGCUGUUGGGAAGAUGUUGACGGAUCCAGACUUCUUCGACAACGCUGAUGCCAAGAUCAACGAGCUCAAGGAGAAGUCGUCAAGACUUGGCAGCGAGUCCAAAUUCCGCGAUGACUUUGAUACCCUGCUAAGAGACGUCACAUAUACCAUCAACACUGUCAUGGAAGAUCAGGACGUUUUUGGAUUGGCCAGAGCUACCGGGCGCAUCUCAGACCUCCUGUCUCCGCCAAACAAAAUCACCAACCCGGAUCUGAUCACCGACUCAAUGCAUGUCUUCCUCCCACUCCUCAUUCGUGCCGUUCAACAUAUUCCGAUUCCGCGCGUCGAGGUUUCUGUUCCCGAGAUGGAUCUCUUGAUCGAGAACCUCAUCCUUCAGCCUGGUCGGACGGUAAACAGCACAUCAUUUUUGCCAUAUCGACUCAAUAUUUCUACCCAGAAUGACCUUGAGAUCCGCAAGACGCACUCCAAGAAGACCGUCGCGAACACGAAAUCGCUUAUGACGAUCUCCAUCAAUGGCAUUUCCGCAGCCGCUCAAGAUCUUGGCUAUUGGAUCCGUGGCCACGCUGGUAUUGUCCACUUUGCCGACGCCGGCAUCGCAAGUUUCUACCUAGACGAGCGCGGAAUUGACGUCUCCAUCGACGUAGAGAUUGGCAAAGAACGCCUCGAGCAGAUUCUCACCCUUCGCGGAGUACGCGUUCACAUCCACAAACUCGACUACGAGCUCAGCAAGAGCAAGCUUAGUUGGCUCGGCUGGCUGUUCAAGCCAUUCCUCAAGCAAAUGAUUCGCCGCUCGCUCGAGAAGCGCAUGGCCGAAGGCAUUGCCGACGCGCUGCACGCUGCAAACCGCGAGCUCUUGUAUGCUCGCGAGCGACUCCGUGCCACGCGCAUCGCGGACCCACAGGACGUUAUUACGUUCUUCAAAGCUGUCGCCGCACGACUCACACCAAAAGACGAUCCGGACGUGUACACUCGUGUUGGAGUGGAUGCGCCCAAGAAGGGUGUCUUCCGAGGAGUCUAUGCCCCCGGCAGCAUUGUCAAGACCUGGCACGAAGAGGCUCUUCGCGCGGAGGAAGCCAUCGUCGAUGGUGAAGAGCGUGGCGAUGGCUGGAGAAACGAAAUCUUUGAUGUUCAGGUCUAG